CCUUGGGGACUUUGCGGUGAGGAUCGAAUACAAGCUAGGCCAGCACGCGUACACGCGCGCCGCCGACCGCGGACGAUGGCCACGCAUCACCAUGGCGCUAAUCCACCACCACCUCGCCGUUCCAGUGGCUCCCGCUCCUCCUCCUCGGGGUCUCGGUCCGGCCACCGCCGCCCGGCGGCUGACCCUUCACCGCCGCCGCCGUAGGAGUGGCGCCGCCGCCGGCAGGAUGACAGUCACAGCUUCGUCGAUGGUGGAGCCGGCAAGUGGGGAGGAGACGGCGGCGCGUUCGGCGGCGGACGUGGUGAGGGCGUUCUACGACGGCGUGAACCGGCGGGACCUGGCGGCGGUGGAGCCGCUCAUCGCGGAGGGGUGCGUCUACGAGGACCUCGUCUUCCCCAACCCCUUCGUCGGCCGCGCCGAGAUACUCGGCUUCUUCGCCGGAUUCAUGGGCUCCGUCAGCUCCGACCUCCGCUUCGUCAUCGACGACAUCUCCGCCGGCGACGACUCCCGCGCCGUCGGCGUCACCUGGCACCUCGAUUGGAAGGGGCGGCCAUUCCCAUUCAGCAGGGGAUGCAGCUUCUACCGCCUCCAGCUGGACGAGAAGCAGCAGCAGCUGCAGAUCGUGUAUGGGCGAGACUGCGUGGAGCCAGCAGUGAAGCCAGGGGAAUCCGCGCUGCUCAUCAUCAGGGCCGUCACUUGGAUCUUCGAACGCUUUCCACGCCUUGCAAACAUGCUGUAACUAACUGGCCUUUAAUUUUGUAUGGUAACUAGUAUUUAUUUUCUCGUUAUGUGCACUGUACUUUAGCUUAUAAAAGAAAUUGAAAGAUUGAAGAAUUUGGUGAACAAUUGGCUCAACUGUAAAUCUAACAAACAGCCUCAUCUUUUCGCU